GGUCCGCGCGCCCUCGCGCCGCCGCCCGGUAGACUGCCGCUGAGGAGGGAGGCUCCCCACGCGCGGCGCGCCUUCCCGGCUUAGGACCCAGCGAGCGCCUCGGCCCCGGAGGAGAAGGGAGGGCGGAGCUGUGGCUCUUUAAAGGCCCGGCUUGUUUACGCCGCGAGGAGUCGAGCCGAGCCCGACGUACAGCCUGCCUGGACGCCGUCCCAGCUGCCCCCUCCAUGGCGCCGUCCCGGACGCUGCUGCUCCUCCAGCCGCUGCUCCUCCAGCCGCUGCUUCUGCGCUUUGGCUCCGCGGCGGAAGAUGCAACCUCUUCAAUCUCUCCAGCACUUACGGUCAAAACGGCGACAGCAGAAGGGGCUGAUCAAGUUUUUGAACUUUCCAACAGCUUGCCAUCCCAGAGCGAGGCUGCCGUGGUUCAGCCAGUGGUUGGGAUCAGCCAGAGAGUCAAGAUGAGAUCGAACGAGAAGAAAGACUUGGGCAUGCUGGGGUACAUGCUGGGGCUGCUCAUGAUGGUGAUCAUAAUUGCAAUCGGGGCAGGAAUUGUCGUGGGCUACGUCUACAAGAGGGGCAGAGAUUUGAAGGAGCAGCACGAGCAGAAGGUUUAUGAACGCGAGAUGCAGCGGAUCACGUUGCCGCUCUCUGCCUUCACCAACCCAGCCUGUGAGCUGGUGGAUGAGAACACGAUAGAGGUGCACACCAACCAGACACCCCUGGAGGAAACACACAGUGGCGACGCGCCCCUGAUGGGCCAGGCGGGCACUCCAGGAGCCUGAGGGAGAGGGGCACUUGGAGAUGCCCUGCUUGGACCCGCAACGGCUGAGACUCCUCUCUUCUCACCAUUUUAUGUGGGAGUUUCAUUUGCAUUUUUUGUUCUGGAUGGAGAUGGACAAGACUCCUGCGGUGUGCGAGGACUCUGUCACCCAUAGCCAUCUGUUGGUGGGUGUUUCGGGUCCCAGCCGCACAAAACUGACACUGCUGAAAGGACUGUUGUGGCUUGAGCCGUGGCCUGGUCCAGCUGUUCUUUCUGGAAGGCAGCGAGAGAAAACAGAUGCACGGUCCAUCUUCGGCUGUAGACCACACGGACUCAUUCCAGUGAAGAAGGCCUGUCUGUAUGGCCUCUUCUUAUCCUCUUCCGUGGGAGAUGGUUCCCACCAGUCCUGGUGCCUGCAAAUCUGAAGUGGGGAAUGUAUAGUAGGUGAGCUUUUUUCUUCUUUUUUACGGUAUUCAAACGUUUUGAAUGUAUUUUUGUGUGGCGCAAGAUGACAACCGCUGCAGGGGCAGCACUGACAACCCUGUUAAUGAGAUUUUCUUUGCUGCUCGACACUUAAACCUCCUUUUCAAAAACGGUUAAGGGCAAAGCUUCCCAAAUGGUAGGCCUUGGGCUUCGCUCCCUCUCAACUACAGCCCCUGCUGAGCACUCUGUAGUCUUACACACUCCAAGUCUUUUGAGGUCAGGCAGAAAUUCUCAUGUGCUUGGUGAAAUUUCCACCUGCAGCGAUCUCUCCUUGGUGGUGUCCGUGGAAGAGAGCAGACCUGGAGAGGGUGAAGAUGGGUCAGCUACCUUUCCUCCCCCAGCCCAUGUAGGAGAAAUGGAGUUGUGUGGCCCAAAGGGAUCAUAGCCAUUCUCCUGGCCUUCCACAGAGGGACAUUCCUGGAAAGAAGUCUUCAAGCCUGUUAGAAUAAAUCUGCCUAGACAGUGCUGGCUCAGAAGCCCGUUUCAGAGCCGGCCCGUGAUUAAGUGAGCGAUUCCCUGCAGGUUCAGGAGCCCACUCCUUUGCAUUGGGCUUAGUGGUUCAGGGUCUUUUUAUAAAACGGGGCCAGUUCCCAUGUAGUAUCUAUCUAAGUGAAGUGUGAGGGCACCUCUGGAGCAUGACUGGCAGGCAGCAUUCGAGGCAGAGAAGCGGGGUUAAGUAAGUUCUCCUAGGAAGGGUCUCUUUGUAGGCCUAAACACACGCUCGCUCACUCUCUCUUGUCAACAAAUGCUCACGUCAGCCAUACAAACUUUUAUUUUGCACCCUUCACCACUCAAGGGAGGUGAACCAGCCACCACAAGUGAAGAUUUCUUGCAAGUUACGGUUAUGCAAGGCAGAGAAGUGAUUUUUUAAAAAUGUUUCAAAUGCCUUUGAAUAUCAUUUGUUUGUAAAUGUUUUAAAUUUCACGGACUAUGAAAUAAAAGGAACUGUUCAGGUU